AUGUUACAAAACAUUCAAUCAAGUCAACAGUUCUCUUCUGCUUUACAGAAUGAUCAAGAUAUGAUUAUUUUAGAUUUCUUUGAUAGUUGUACUCAUUGUACAAAUAUGAAUCAAAAAUUAGAUGAGUUUUCAGAUAUGUAUGAAGAUAAAAAUUUUAGAUUCUAUAAAGUUAACAUUGAUGAAGAUAAAGAAUUGGCUGAUGAUUAUGCUGUUUCUUCAAUUCCUACUACUUUAUUUUUUAAAAAGGGUAAAAUUGUUGAUAAAGUUGUUGGUCCAGAACCAAAUGAAAUUAAAAAAGUACUUGACAGAGAUUUGAUGUAG